GGAGAACGGACAUGAAUGGGAUGCUCGCAUAAGGGCAGGAAGGAGCAGCAACCUGCGCUUGAGUCUUCAGAAUGCGACGCGUUUGGACGUGCUGGUGCUCUAGGGGGUGAUUCAUAUGCAGGCAGUAGUUAGCUAAGGCACAACUACGUGUGCAGCACGAAUGUGUUCGGCCACAAUUGCUGCGGUAUCGACAACUCGUCUGAUCUUAAUGCUUGUCGGGGCAUGUUCGAGGCCUUCGCUGCUGGGAAAGGUCAAGACUCUGUAUCACGAUCUCAAGGACGCCCCGAAAGACAAAGUUACGCUGGAAGGGUCUACCAGCACGUGCGUAAAGGCGUCCGACUGCAAGAUAAUCUACUCGCUGCGAACCUCGAUCCUGUGCAGGCGGGUCGUGUGACCGAAUUCAAAGAACGCAAGACUAUCUCGAUACGUCCUAGUGUUAACGUAAGCUCAGAGAAAAUAUUUUAUUAUUGCGACUUGUGCGCCGCAAGUGAGGCGCGCCCAAGUCGCUUGUGAUUUUUUUUCAUUUGGAAAAUAAAGAAAUCUAGUUCCCC